CCUCGGGACCGAGACCGAGACCCGAAGAAGAGGGAGAUCGCUCGCUCGCUGCACAACGCCCGCCCACGCCGCCGUCUCCCUCUCCCUCUCCGCCUCCCUCCGUCCAACCGCAGCCCGCUCCACCUCAUGGCGUCGCUCUCCCUCUCCCUCCGCGCCUCCGCCUCCUCGGCCGCAGCCGGAUCCCGCGCCGCCGCCCCAAUCAAGGUCUCGUUCACGGCGUCGUGUGUGAGGAGCAAGGUUACCUGCAGCUUACCAUCCAUCAGAGCUACCUCCUCACCUGCUAGAAGCAUUGAGCCCGUAAGAGCCACCGCCACACAGGCGCCCCCUGCCACCCCUCAAUCUUCUAGCGGAGAGAAGACAAAGGUCGGCAUCAAUGGUUUUGGGCGGAUUGGGAGGUUAGUUCUGCGAAUUGCAAUUGAUAGAGAUGACAUUGAAGUUGUGGCUGUCAAUGAUCCGUUUAUCGAUGCUAAGUACAUGGCCUACAUGUUUAAGUAUGAUUCCACACACGGUCCAUUCAAAGGAACCAUAACAGUUCUGGAUGAGUCAACCUUGGAGAUUAAUGGGAAGAAACUCUCAGUUACAAGCAAAAGGGACCCGUCAGAUAUCCCUUGGGGUAACUUUGGAGCUGAAUAUGUUGUUGAAUCAUCUGGUGUUUUUACAACAGUUGAGAAAGCUUCAGCACAUUUGAAGGGGGGUGCAAAGAAAGUGGUGAUAUCGGCUCCGUCAGCGGAUGCUCCCAUGUUUGUUGUUGGAGUAAAUGAGAAGAAUUACAACCCUAGCAUGGAUGUCGUCUCUAAUGCUAGUUGUACCACCAACUGUCUUGCUCCUGUUGCCAAGGUUGUCCACGAGGAGUUUGGCAUUCUUGAAGGCCUAAUGACAACUGUCCAUGCCACAACAGCCACUCAAAAGACUGUUGAUGGUCCUUCAAUGAAGGACUGGAGGGGAGGACGUGGUGCUGGUCAAAACAUCAUCCCUAGCUCUACGGGUGCAGCAAAGGCUGUUGGAAAGGUCCUUCCAGCUUUAAAUGGAAAGCUCACUGGCAUGGCCUUCCGGGUUCCUACACCUAACGUAUCUGUUGUUGAUCUGACCUGCCGACUUGAGAAAAAUGCUUCCUAUGAAGAUGUGAAAGCAGCUAUCAAGGAAGCAUCAGAAGGUUCGCUUAAAGGUAUUCUAGGCUACACAGAUGAGGAUGUUGUUUCAAACGAUUUCGUUGGUGACACAAGGUCGAGCAUAUUUGAUGCCAAUGCUGGUAUGGGACUAAGUUCAUCUUUCAUGAAGCUCGUCUCCUGGUACGACAACGAGUGGGGCUACAGCAACCGUGUCCUCGAUCUGAUCGGGCACAUGUCUCUUGUUGCCUAACGAUGAUGCCACGAUACGAUUUAGCACAGAAGGUCUCCUCGCGUAGUGUAGGAAGUGAAGGCUGCAAUUUUGAUGGCCAUUUUCGUAUCCUGGAAUAAUAAUAAUUCUGUACGAUGAAAACAAUCAAAUCAAUCGGCGUCGACUUGAAGCUGCAGAACGCUCAUGCUGGUCUGUAAAACCCCAUAAUUGAACUGUUGUGGGUGGACAAUAAACCCAAUCUCCGACUCGUCGAGUCAUAGUGCUGUUACUUUGGCCCUGUGGUGGCAUCCGUGUUUUGUUUCCACCUUCAUAGAGGAUAGGAAAUGAUGAUGAUGAUGAUGACUCUGUUGUUUGCA